UUGGCUGACUUUCCUUUGACAACUGCGACGAGGAGGAAGAAAAAAAGGGAAGGAAGGAAACAAUUUAGGCUCCAGUCCCCCCACCCCCCGAGAGGCAACCUGGAAGGCCGCGGGGAAAGCGGUGCUUGGCGAGGACGAAGCCCGGGUGGGAUCAGGAUGAACGAGGCGCCGGGGAAGUUGAAGGAGCAGCAGGAGAACGAAGGAGCGGAGGAGGAAAAAGAGGAGGAGGAGGGGGAAAAAGACGAGGAAGAAGAGGAGGAGGAGGAAGAAGAGGACGAGAUUGUUGGGCUAGCAGACUAUGGGGAUGAGAGUGAGUCUUUCUCGGAUGGCGACCACGAGAAAAGCGGGGACGGGGCGUAUUUCAGUGAUCCUUUUAGUACUGAAGUUAAGCCAAGAAUCCUCCUCAUGGGACUGAGAAGAAGUGGAAAAUCUUCCAUUCAGAAAGUUGUUUUUCAUAAAAUGUCACCAAAUGAAACUCUUUUUUUGGAGAGCACUAACAAGAUUUGCCGAGAAGAUGUUUCCAACAGCUCCUUUGUUAACUUUCAGAUAUGGGACUUUCCCGGCCAAAUUGAUUUUUUUGAUCCUACGUUUGACUAUGAAAUGAUUUUUCGUGGCACUGGAGCAUUGAUAUUUGUGAUUGAUUCUCAGGAUGACUAUAUGGAAGCAUUAGCUAGAUUGCACCUUACUGUGACAAGAGCAUAUAAAGUGAAUCCAGAUAUAAACUUUGAAAUAUUUAUUCACAAAGUAGACGGUUUGUCUGAUGAUCACAAGAUUGAAACACAAAGAGACAUUCAUCAGCGGGCUAAUGAUGAUCUUGCAGAUGCUGGACUAGAAAAAAUCCACUUGAGCUUUUAUUUGACAAGUAUAUACGAUCAUUCUAUAUUUGAAGCAUUCAGCAAAGUGGUUCAGAAAUUAAUUCCACAGCUCCCAACUUUGGAAAAUCUGCUUAACAUUUUUGUCUCGAAUUCUGGAAUUGAGAAGGCAUUUCUCUUUGAUGUAGUAAGUAAAAUUUAUAUUGCAACUGAUAGUACCCCUGUGGACAUGCAAACUUAUGAGCUCAGCUGUGAUAUGAUAGAUGUUGUCAUUGACAUCUCCUCCAUCUAUGGGCUCAAAAAAGAUGGUGCCGGAACACCCUAUGAUAAAGAAUCAACAGCAAUUAUAAAAUUGAACAAUGCCACAGUCCUUUACCUAAAAGAAGUGACAAAGUUCCUUGCACUAGUCUGCUUUGUCAGAGAAGAAAGCUUUGAGAGAAAAGGACUAAUAGACUACAACUUCCACUGCUUCCGCAAGGCCAUACAUGAAGUGUUUGAAGUGAGAAUGAAAGUAGUCAAAGCACAAAAGAAUCAGAACCAAGUACAAAAGAAUAAAAGGGCCACACAUAAUGGCACACCUAGAAUGCCACUGUAAUUGAACUCCGAUGCCCACGGGUAGCACCUAAGGCUUAUUAUGUGCUGUAAUGGUACCAGCUUUGAGAACCAGCAGACAAACGGGACUGGUGUACACUUCACUUGGAAUUUUCCACACUAGCCACUCCUCAAAACACUGUAAAUCAUUUUCUGUGUUCAUGUUAAGGACAGACCUGUUCUGCACUUUUGCCUGAUUUCAUGAUGAAAAUGGACUUUUGAUAAAUUACUUUUUAUGUAUAGUCUUGAGUAGAAUAUAUAUCAUAGUAAGCGUACAUGCUGCACACAAAUGAACAAUCAAGAAAACAUGGUAAGAUGACUUUUUUAACAAGUCUGUGAAUAUCCAUUUUCCAUUUUGUAAGCUGGAAAUUAAAAGUAUAGUACAAUAGCAAUAAAAACAUUUAUUAGGUGUCCUUACUGGUACACUAAAAAAUUUGUUUAAAAAAAGUAUUUGAAAUUGAGUAUCUCCCCAAUCAUUCCACAAAUUCUGAGAAAAAUACUCUUUAUUCUUUAUAUUGUCUACAUAAAAGUACCUUUCGAUAAACAGACUUAUUUUGAAAUGGA